UCCAACAAUUUCAUAAGCUCACACCAUAUUGGCGAUAAAUGCUCUGGGCUUUUUCUCAAUUUCUCUGUUCUAAGAAUCGAACAAGAAUUAAGAAAAAAAAAAAAAAUAGUUUUAAAGAUUCGUUUGAGUAUAGCUCUCGAAGCGAUGAAUUCUCCAUUUUCUUUUACCGAAAUUGAGCCGAAAGAGGAUUUGAUGAGCGACCCCGUUUUCAUGGAGCCGUGGCUUGAAUACAAACGUCAGCGUCCUCACAGCCCUUCUUCUUCGUCACCACCGCAGCUUGAAGAUCUUACGGAGGAAGAGUAUCUCGCUCUCUGUCUCGUAAUGCUCGCCAAAGAUCAGCGGUCGCAAACGCGAUUUCAACAGUCGCAGCCCCAAACGCCUCACCGAGAAUCAAAGAAGCUUUCGUACAAGUGUCGGGUUUGCCGAAAAAAAUUUCAGUCGUAUCAGGCCUUAUGCGGUCACAAAGCAAGUCACGGAUUCAAACAACCAACGGGAAUCGCAAACGCCGAUGAUUCAUCAACAGCUCCGACCGUCUCCGCCGUGGCCGGAGAAAAACAUCCAAUUUCCGCCUCCGGCAUGAUCCACGAGUGUUCCAUCUGUCAUAAAGUGUUCCAGACGGGUCAAGCUCUCGGCGGUCACAAAUCUACUCACCGAAACAAACCACCAACGAAAGUCGCAAAAGCCGAUGAUUCAUCAACAGCUCUGACCGUCUCCGCCGUGGCCGGGGAAGAAUAUCCGAUUUCCGCCUCCGACAAGACCCACGAUCGAGUGUUCAAUCUGUCGUAAAGUGUUCACGACGGGUCAAGCUCUCGGCGGUCACAAACGCUGUCAUAGAUAGUGUCAGUACGAAGGCGCUAAUUGGUUACUAUUUUAAUGAAGAAGGUUGAUGUUUUUUUUUGGUUCAACUAAUGAAGGUUUAAUAUCUUAAUUACGAAGUCGACCCCCGCGGAUAAGUAAACUGAAAAAAAAGAAAUUAACAUUGCUAAUUCUUUUUUUAUAUUUUAAGUCAUUGUUAUGUAAGAGUUUCUAUAUAG